UCUUUUAAACAAAAUCUUGAUUCUUUUCUCUGUUAAAACCCUGAGAUUAAUAGAACUCUUUGCAUUCUCGCAAGGAGACUGAGAAAGAAUGGAGACCGCGGGACAAUGGCUAGAGGAAGCGCUGGUGGAUCUGUGCAAGAGAGUCAAGACGGGAUUGGAUUUGGACCGGGAGAUAAUUUCGGGUUUAGUCUCCUAUUGUGAAUUCGCUCAACCACUCGACGCCAAAGAGUACCUCGACAAUAUUAUUGGCCAAGAAGUGGGCAAAAGCGUGAUUGAGGAGUAUCUUCGACGCAGAGGUCACUCAGAGCUCUGUAGCAGCACUCCAGAUGUUACAACUUCUAAAUUACAUGCCUAUGUUAAACCACGCUCUGGUGAUGGAUCUGCUAGUGGAUUCAAGAAACCAUCGAAAACUCCAAAAGAGGUUACAGGCCCCAGUUAUCAGGCUAAACCUAAAACGGUUAUGGCCUCAAGUUAUCAGGUGGAACCAAAAAAAGGUGCUAACUCCAGUUAUCAUGAAAACCGGGUCUCAGCUGAGAGCAGUGAGUCAAGAACUGUGAAUAAAGGGAACCAAACUAGUAGCAAAAAGAAGAAAGCUGGAAAAGUUGUUUCUCUUGCUGAGGCUGCUAAAGGUUCAGUUGUAUUCCAACAGGGAAAACCAUGCUCUUGUCAAGCACGUCAGCACAGAUUGAUCAGCAAUUGUUUGUCUUGUGGCAAGAUAGUUUGUGAACAAGAGGGGGAGGGACCUUGCCAGUUUUGUGGUGCCCUUGUGCUGAAGGAAGGAAGCACGUAUGCUGGUCUGGAAGAAAGUUUAGCUCCCCUAUCAGAUGCUGAAGCAACAGCUGAGGCUUAUGCAAAAAGGCUUGUUGAAUAUGACCGAAACUCUGCAGCUCGUACAACAGUUAUUGAUGACCAAAGUGACUACUAUGAGAUUGAGGGAAAUAGCUGGCUUUCUAAGGAGGAAAAGGAACUUUUAAGGAAGAAACAGGAGGAGAUUGAGGAAGCUGAAAAGGCCAAUCGAAGUAAAGUAGUUGUGACUUUUGAUUUGGUUGGUCGCAAGGUCUUGUUGAACGAAGAUGAAGUUUCUGAACUGGAGAGGGAGAACAGAAUAUUAUUACAGCCACCAGAUGAAAGAGAAGUGAACCGAGUUAAACCAAAUCCAACUCUUACAGUAAAGCCAGUCUUUAUAGAUCCAGGCAGUAGUAAGAAGCCUGAUAAGGGAAAACAGACGCAUAGUUCCCUUGCCAACGGCUUAUGCACGGAGAUAACUGGAAGGGUGCAGCAUGACAACAAUGAGUUGAAGCAUUUUAUGAUUGGCAACGUCUCAUAAAAAGCAUGAGCUUGAUUUGUGCAUAUAGAAAGAUUAAGGUGUAUGUUCUUCGGACUACCAUAGAAGUUCAAUGUCUAGCUUACCACAAAUUCUGAUGCAGUUACCACGCAAGCAGCAGAUUUACAGUGGUAUGGAAUAGGAAAGCCUUGUAUUCACCUUUUUUUUUGGGAGGAUAUUAAAUAUAGUACAGGACUUCUCAGAAAGUACAACUCUAAAAUUUUUAUUUCUUAUUUUACUAAAUAUGGUACCUGCAAGGUAGGGGGGCAUGUUAAAUUUGUGAGA